UGUAUAGACCCGGACGAAUCUACCGUUUCCUACGACACCGAAUGGCUCCAGCGAACUUCCCGCUUCACCGGUUCCGUUAGCAAGAGAGCAAGCAUGACGCCCGUAACGUCUUGCGCACGCCUUCAGCUCAGCUUGCCAUGAUCGGUGCCAGAAAGACCAGGAGAAAUGACUCCAGAGUCAUCGUGCACUUCGAUUACGACUGUUUUUACGCGUCCGUCUUUGAGAAUGAGAACCCCGCGCUGAAAUCCCUGCCUUUGGCUGUGCAACAGAAACAAAUUGUCGUCACCUGCAAUUACGAAGCUCGACGUAGGGGUUUACACAAACUCGCGCUGAUCAGCGAGGCCAAGAAAAUAGUCCCCGAUCUUGUCAUCGUAUUGGGAGAGGAGCUUGGGCGAUUUCGAGAUGCUUCAAAGGAUCUAUACAGGUACCUUGAAGGUUUCACGUGGAGUGGAAAGGUGGAACGGCUUGGCUUUGACGAAGUGUUCAUGGACAUAACGGACAUUGUCGACUACAACCAGAAUCUGCUCAACCCAAACGAUUUGGCACAUUCGUUCUUUUCCCUCGAGCGCAAUGAUCCUACCGUCGGCUUUACGUUUGAUGCGACCAUAUUCGCCGGUCAUACCUACCCCCCUCAGCAAAUGCCUUCUGCUAUUUCGAACUCUCAAGGCAAUGACUGGCUUACUACGCGCUUAAUCCUCGGGUCCCAUUUUGCUCAGCACCUCAGACUUGGCUUAGAUGAGGAGAAAGGAUACACUUCGUCUGUUGGGAUAUCCACGAAUAAGCUCUUGAGUAAACUCGUUGGGAAUCUUAACAAACCCAAAGCACAGACCACACUCCUUCCGCCGUACGAUAUGCUCGAAGAUGGCAUUAGCUAUAACGCGGAAAAUACUCAGGAGAGCAAUGUGACGAUGUUCAUCGAUGGCCAUGACAUUGGAAAAAUCCCCGGGAUUGGGUUCAAGAUGGCGCAGCGAAUCCGCAACCACGUUCUCUCGAGGCCCCCAGAAUCUGGCACAGGCUCGGGCUGGGGCGGUACGAAGGAGUCGGUAACUGUGCGCGAUGUUCGCCUCUUCCCCGGUAUGGGUCCUGAAAUGCUCGAGAGAAUUCUCGGGGGGCCCGGUGUCGAGCGAGGCAUUGGUAGCAAGGCCUGGGGUUUAAUCAAUGGCAUUGACGAUACUGAAAUCCAGAAAGCAAAGAAGGUCCCGUCCCAAAUCAGUAUCGAGGACACUUAUGGGCGUCUGGAUACUAUGCCACAGGUCUUAAAAGAGCUCCGAAGGCUUGCCACCAGUCUCAUCAAGAGGAUGCACACAGAUCUGUUAGAAGAUGAUGACGACCCCGAGUCGGGAUCGGGGUCCAAAAAGAGGUGGAGCGCAAACCCCAAAACGGUACGUCUCUCUACCCGACCUCGACCCCCUCCAAACGCAGACGGGACAAGAACGAGGAGCUUCAACAGGAUAUCAAGAUCCGGCCCACUGCCGUCCUUCGUUUUCAACUUGAACAACGGGAUUGAUUCCAUCGUUGAGAGACUGGUCCAAGAAUGUCUGGUUCCAAUGUUCAAGAGACUACAUCCCCCGCACGCAGUUUGGAAUCUCAGCCUGAUAAACAUCGGCGUGACCAACAUGGUGGAAACGGCGCGCGAAGACGGCGGCGGUGCUGGAGGCCGCGACAUCAGCAAGAUGUUCAAGCGGCAAGAAUCCACGCUGAGAGAAUGGCGAGUCGCAGAUCGAGACGUGCCUCCUGACCCCGUCCAUGGCAAUGAUAAUAAUCAUCAUCAUAAUCAUCAACAAGCAGAGCCAAGUGCUGGCGAUGGAGCACCGAAUGAUGAUAAUGAUCAUGAUGAUAAUGAUGAUAUAUUGGCAAGCUCCGAGGACGCCAUCUACGAGACGCAGCAGAACUCGAUAGACGAUGCGUGGCAAGAAGAAGAAGACGAUGAUGAUGAGCGGCCAAGUUGUGAGAUAUGUAGACGCUGCGGAGCCAUGAUGCCGGCUUUCGCUAUACCUGCCCAUGAGCGCUUUCAUAGUCUUGAACAAGAAGAAGAAUAACAAUAAUAAUAAUAAACCAUAAUACUCAUCUUUAAUAAAAAAGGGAUCCCCGCAUUGCUGAAUAGAAU